AUGAGUUUAACGUAUAAAGAUUACGUUGCUUUGGGAAAUGAUACAGUCGAAGAUUGGGCAUCUUAUUGGGCCGAAGGCGACACAAACUGGGUAAGCGAUAAGUGUAAUCCUUGUUUAAUCAAAUAUUAUCAAUCCUGUUUGGCUUGUGAUCAACCAUCGACAAUUUUCGUACCAUUAUGUGGUAAAACUCAAGAUAUGCUUUGGUUAGCUAGAAAUGGUAAUCGAGUGAUUGGUGUUGAAAUGGUGCCACAGCCAUGCAUUGAUUUUUUUAGCGAAAAUAACAUUGACUAUUGUGUUGAAAAAUUGCAAGGUAUUGGUGAUGGCAAAGUAUAUCGAAGUCAAGCCGAUGGCUUGGACAUUACUAUUUACAAUUUCAAUUUCUAUGAAUUGACGGCAGAGUUACUAGGUUGUCAAUGUAAUCGCUUUUGGGAUAUUGGCGCUUUGAUUGCCCUUAACCCAGAACAGCAUUCAAAAUAUAUCCAACAAUUAAUGUCAUUGUUGACUCCUGAUGCACAAGGAAUAUUAUUUACGGUAGAAUUCGAUAUCAAUCAACGUCCUGAUGUAGCGUCGCCAUUUUGUGUACCUGAAAAUCGAGUUCAUGAAGUCUUAUCACCCGUUGCUAGUGUGAAACUUCUAGAAUCGAUAGAUACGCCUUAUUCUUGGUAUGGCCACUUAAAUUUAAACUCUAUGGAUGGCAAAUUUUACUUUCUGAAACGUAAAUAA